GGCUUCCAUCUCUAGCGCGUGUGUCAAAAUAAAUAAGUAAGCAAAAAUGAAAACAAAAAAAACAAGUGCACUAAAACAGCUGUAGUUAGUUGUAUAUAAACACAGACAGACUCGUGGCGCAGCGUUUUGAUAAGCGAUUUACAGUUGCAGAGAUCCGCAGCACGCAAUUCCGCGGGGGCGUCCAACCAAUUAAAAGAAAUCAAAGAGCAACGGAGGAAGAGAGGCCUAGCUAAGGAGAGCGAGAGAGAGAGAGAGAGAGGGCGACACAAACACAAACAGGCGCAAAUUGAGGCAAAGGCACUGUGUUCUUUGUUGCAAAUUAUAGUGGGGCCCACCUACCACCGCUCCCCCUCGCCACUGGCCCCUUCCCAGUUCCAGCGCCGCGCCAAAGCAUACGCUUCCCGGCCGAUCUGGGAUCUGCAGUGCGACAGUACGUUCAAGACGGAGCUCCAAUGCAGACGUCCCUCUCUCUCUCGCGCUGAACAACUCGCCGCUCUCGCCGACUGCCAAUUGGAAGGAGUGCAAGUGCAAGUGCUAGUGGAAGAGGAAGUGGUAGUGGAAGCGGAAGCGGAGCCAUGUCGGCGGUUAAUCAAAAGGAGAGUCCCAGUCGGGACUCAACGGCCUCGACGUCCGGCCACAUCUCCAUGCUGGGGGACAACACAUUGGAGUCACUCUCCAGGGACUACAGCCUGGGCAGCCUCACUUCGGCCGGCAGCCAGGACGAGGUCUUCCGGUGCCGCGAUCACGCCGACACCAUCCUCAAGCGAAUGCAGCUUUACGUGGACAGCCAACAGCUCUGCGACGUGGUCCUCAUCGCUGGUAUCGAUGGCAAGCGAGUACCCGCCCAUCGUUUGGUGCUAUCGGCAUCCAGCGCCUAUUUCUCGGCCAUGUUCACGGGAUCGCUGCGCGAGACCCAUGAGCAGGAGGUGACACUGGGCGAGGUGCAUGGCGAUGCCCUGCAUAUGCUGGUGCAAUACUGCUACACCGGAUUCAUUGAGAUGCGCGAGGAUACCGUGGAAACGCUCCUGGCCACCGCCUGUUUGCUCCAGCUAAACGACGUGGUCACCGCCUGCUGUAAUUUCCUAGCCCGCCAGCUUCAUCCAUCCAACUGCCUUGGAUUCGCCUUCUUUGCGGAGCAGCAAAGCUGCACCACGCUGCUCCGACUGGCGCAGGCCUACACCUGCCAGUACUUCAUGCAGGUGUGCCAGAACCAGGAAUUCUUCCAGCUCAACGCCGAUCAACUGGGCAAGCUGCUGUGCAGCGAUGAUCUCAAUGUGCCCUCGGAACAGGAUGUCUUUCACAGUUUAAUGUCGUGGGUUCGCCACGACUCCACUGUCCGCGAACAGCACAUACCGGAGCUGCUGGCCCUGGUGCGUCUGCCGCUUCUACAGCCUACCUUCAUCAUGGAUCACGUGGAGAACGUGUGCAAUGCCAAUGCCUGCCAGCAGUUGGUAAUGGAGGCCUUCAAGUGGCACCUAAUGCCGGAGCGUAGGUCCCGCAUCGCCACCGAACGAACUACGCCCCGCAAGUCCACAGUAGGUCGUCUCCUGGCCGUUGGUGGAAUGGAUGCCCACAAGGGUGCCAUUAGCAUCGAAAGCUAUUGUCCGCGUCUAGAUAAGUGGACAUCGUGGAAGCACAUGACCGGUCGUCGGCUGCAAUUCGGCGCCGCUGUAAUGGAGGACAAGCUGAUCUUGGUGGGCGGACGCGAUGGACUGAAGACCCUAAAUACCGUGGAGAGUCUCGACUUGAAUACGAUGGCCUGGGCGCCGCUCAAUGCGAUGGCCACGCCACGUCAUGGCCUGGGCGUGGCGGUGCUGGAAGGACCGCUAUAUGCGGUGGGUGGUCACGAUGGCUGGAGUUACCUGAACACUGUGGAGAGGUGGGAUCCCAUUGCACGCACUUGGAGCUAUGUGGCACCCAUGUCCUCGAUGCGUUCCACCGCCGGCGUGGCUGUGCUAGGCGGCCGCCUUUAUGCUGUGGGCGGACGCGAUGGUUCUGUUUGUCAUCGCUCCAUCGAAUGCUACGAUCCGCACACCAACAAGUGGAGCCUCCUGGCGCCCAUGAACAGACGACGCGGAGGUGUGGGCGUGACGGUGGCCAAUGGCUUCCUGUAUGCUCUGGGUGGCCACGACUGCCCCGCCAGCAAUCCUAUGGUGUGUCGUACGGAGACAGUGGAGCGCUAUGACCCGGCCACCGAUACGUGGACACUGAUCUGCUCACUGGCCUUGGGACGAGAUGCUAUUGGCUGCGCCCUGCUCGGCGAUCGCCUCAUUGUGGUCGGCGGCUACGAUGGCAAUCAUGCGCUCAGGAACGUGGAGGAGUACGACCCGGUGCGAAAUGGAUGGAACGAGCUGGCGCCGAUGGCCUUUGCCAGGGCCGGUGCCUGUGUGGUGGCCAUUCCCAAUGUUAUACCGCCAGCGGCCCAGCAGCCGCCGCCCAGUGCUACAAAAAAGAAGAAGUGGAAGCCAGUGAGAUUGGAUCCAAUCUGCUUAAAUAGGCGUCCAAGAUCUGUCGAGUUUGUCGACUACUAUCACAUGUAAUUGCAAAAAAAAAAAAAAACCA